UUCCCGUCGCCGUCGCCGUCGCCGGAGUUUUGUUAUCAGUCGCUGUGCUCCGGAACAAACGCACGGAUACUCAUAUAUACAAUCAUAGUGAUCGCAUUAUACAUCUUAUAUUUAAACCCUAAUUUACGAGUUACUAGGAUUUCAUAGAACAAGUCAAAGAAGUAAAUCAAUAGCUAUUGGAAUUUGUAUUUUGAGGAGAUGGAGGACUCAUCGGAGAGGUUAGAAUCGGAGCCAUCGGAAAUGAAGGAUGAGUUGUCUAUGGAAAUUGAUCCUCCGUUUAAUGAAAACCAUGCGACAGCUGAAGAUUGGAGGAAAGCGCUGCACAAGGUGGUUCCGGCGGUGGUGGUGCUUCGUACGACUGCUUGUCGAGCUUUUGACACUGAAUCUGCGGGUGCAAGCUAUGCGACGGGGUUUGUUGUUGAUAAGCGUCGGGGAAUUAUACUGACUAAUCGUCAUGUGGUUAAACCUGGUCCUGUAGUAGCAGAAGCUAUGUUCGUUAAUCGUGAAGAGAUUCCAGUCUAUCCAAUAUAUAGAGACCCGGUUCAUGAUUUUGGAUUCUUCCGCUACGAUCCGGCAGCAAUACAGUUCCUGAGCUAUGAAGAGAUCCCUCUUGCUCCUGAAGCUGCUUGUGUUGGACUGGAAAUUAGAGUUGUUGGUAAUGAUAGUGGAGAGAAGGUUUCUAUCUUGGCUGGUACCCUUGCUCGUCUGGAUAGGGAUGCUCCACACUAUAAGAAGGAUGGCUAUAAUGAUUUCAAUACAUUCUACAUGCAGGCAGCUUCAGGCACUAAAGGAGGUUCAAGUGGUUCUCCGGUCAUUGAUUGGCAAGGACGGGCAAUUGCGUUGAAUGCUGGCAGCAAGACUUCUAGUGCUUCAGCAUUUUUCUUCCCUUUAGAACGAGUGGUGAGGGCUUUAAAUUUCUUGCAGAAGGGGAGAGAUUCUUGUCAAGGGAAGUGGGAGGCUGUUACAAUACCUCGUGGUACACUCCAGGCAACCUUUCUCCACAAAGGAUUUGAUGAAACCCGCCGACUUGGUCUACAAAGUGAAACAGAGCAGUUGGUUCGCCAUGCAUCUCCGCUAAGUGAAACUGGGAUGCUUGUCGUUGAUUCUGUGGUGCCAGGUGGCCCAGCUUAUAAACAUAUGGAGCCAGGUGAUGUGCUUGUUCGCAUGAAUGGGGAGGUGAUUACUCAGUUUCUGAGGAUGGAGACUUCACUUGAUGAUAGUGUUGGCCAAAAUGUUGAGUUAGAGUUUGAAAGGGGUGGCAGGCCUUUUACCGUUCAGUUGAUGGUUCAGGAUUUACACUCCAUAACUCCAAACUACUUCUUGGAAGUUAGUGGUGCAGUAAUACACCCUCUCUCCUAUCAACAGGCUAGGAAUUUCCGUUUUCACUGUGGUCUUGUCUAUGUCUCAGAACCUGGUUACAUGCUUUUUAGAGCUGGAGUUCCUAGGCAUGCCAUUAUCAAGAAGUUUGCUGGUGAAGACAUUUCACAUCUUGAAGACUUCGUCAAUGUUCUAUCUAAGCUCUCCAGAGGAGCUAGAGUUCCACUAGAAUACAUAAGCUAUUUGGAUCGCCAUAGGAAGAAGUCUGUCCUUGUUACAGUGGAUCGCCAUGAGUGGUAUGCACCCCCUCAGAUAUAUACUCGUGAUGAUAAUUCUGGUAUUUGGAUAGGAAAGCAAGCUUUGCUUCCCAAUUCCCAACUUAUAUCUUCUGGCAUCAAAGUUAUUGAACAAGGGCUGACAAGCAAUAUAGUUCUAGAAAAUCGUCUUGUUGAACCCCUGCACCAAGAUAUUGGUGAAGAACUGGUUAAUGGUGUUGCCAGUAUGGACACUAGUAGCUCUGAUCAUGUUACUGAUGAACCACAUGUUCAAGAGGAAUCCGACAAUGGAACAAAAAAGCGCAGAGUGGAGGAAGAUCUGUCUGCUGACGGAAUUGUGAUUGCUGACUUAAAUGGCCUACCACAAUUUGAGCAGCUGGAAGAUCCAAGAUCUCCAGGAGAUACAGUAGUGAGAGACGAGCAUGGUACAUCAGCCGACUCUGGUAAUGCUUCUGUCGCUGAGCGUGUAAUAGAGCCCACUCUUGUCAUGUUUGAGGUUUAUGUACCAUCAUCAUGCAUGCUUGAUGGUGUUCACUCGCAGCAUUUUGUUGGGACUGGUGUGAUUAUAUAUCAUUCUGAAGAAAUGGGAUUGGUUGCAGUGGACAAGAAUACUGUUGCUAUAUCAGCAUCAGAUGUGAUGCUAUCUUUUGCUGCCUUUCCAAUUGAAAUUCCUGGGGAGGUGGUCUUUCUCCAUCCUGUUCACAACUAUGCUAUUAUUGCAUAUGACCCUUCUGCACUCGGAGCUACUGGUGCUUCAGUAGUGCGAGCUGCCGAACUUCUUACUGAACCUGCAUUGCAUCGUGGAGAGACAGUCUAUCUUGUGGGGUUAAGUAGGAGCUUACAAGCAACAUCUAGAAAAUCUGUUGUUACCAACCCAUUUGCAGCUCUAAACAUCAGCUCAGCUGAUUCUCCACGUUACAGAGCUACCAACAUGGAAGUAAUAGAGCUUGACACUGACUUCGGUAGCAGUUUUUCAGGAGUGCUUACUGAUGAGCAUGGAAGAGUUAAAGCUAUAUGGGGGAGCUUUUCGACUCAGGUUUGUACUAAUCAUCGGUCAAAAAAGAAAAGGAAGCUGAAAUAUGGCUUGAGUUCAUCUGAAGACCAUCAAUUUGUCAGAGGUAUUCCUAUAUAUUCAAUCAGUCAGGUUCUCAAAAAAAUCAUAUCAGGUACAGAAGCACCAUCCCUUCUUAUAAAUGGUAUCAAAAGACCGAUGCCUCUGGUCAGGAUAUUGGAGGUUGAGCUUUAUCCUACUUUACUCUCGAAGGCUAGAAGUUUUGGGCUCAGCAACAAUUGGAUCCAAGCUCUUGCGAAAAAGGAUCCCGUUAGACGUCAAGUUCUGCGCGUCAAAGGUUGCUUGGCAGGGUCAAAGGCUGAGAAUUUAUUAGAACAAGGCGAUAUGGUCUUGGCAAUCAAUAAAAAGCCAGUUACAUGCUUUCAUGAUUUUGAAGAUGCAUGCCAUGCCUUGGAUCUCUCUGAUGGCAUGGAAGAGAAACUUGGAUUGACCAUCUUUCGUCAGGGACGCGAAAUCGAGCUUCUUGUGGGAACAGAUAUAAGAGAUGGCAAUGGUACCACACGUGUAAUUAAUUGGUGUGGAUGUUUCGUACAGGAUCCUCAUCCAGCUGUGCGUGCCCUCGGGUUUCUGCCUGAAGAAGGCCAUGGUGUAUAUGUGACAAGGUGGUCUCAUGGGAGUCCUGUGCAUAGAUAUGGUUUAUAUGCUCUUCAAUGGAUUGUGGAAGUUAAUGGAAAACCAACUCCAGACUUGGAUGCUUUUGUUAAUGUCACAAAGGAAAUCAAUGAUGGAGAAUUUGUUCGUGUAAAGACAGUCCACCUAAAUGGGAAGCCACGAGUGCUGACACUGAAACAGGAUUUGCACUACUGGCCUACAUGGGAGCUGAGAUUUGAUCCUGAAACUGCAAUGUGGCAGCGGAAAACAAUUAAGUCAUUAGGAACAGGAAAUAGUCCAUGAACACCAGAUUCGUACUGAAUCAGAAUAAUACAAGAUGGCGGGUUUCUAGCUGUUGUAUUCAAGAUUCUGAGCUGCUGCUAUACAUGGGUUGAUUUAUACAAGUGAAUGACUAUAUAAGGUAAGGGUACUACCAUCUCUUUCCCUAUUUAUUCGAUUGUUUCUGAGGUUGGCUCGAUUCACAGCCUCCAGAGAUGUAAAACAUUGUGAUACAUAACAGUGUAAAAAGGUCAAAGAAAAUUACUUCCAAACAUGUGAUGGAUACAAACUGGAAUGGAUAAUUUGUGUUUCUGUUUUGAGGUUUUCUUGCGUUUUGAAUUCAGGGUUUUUGUUUGU